CUCCGCGCGUCCCUCUGCAGCCUCCACCUUCGACCUAUAUCCCGUGUCACCGCGCUGAAAGUAGUCCCGCGUCGUGGGGAUAAAAGGCGUCGCUCCGACGGAACCAGCGGCGCUUCGGUUCUGCAGAGUUCAGCCGGUAGGACUUUCUGUACAGACACAGAUCCAGUCAUGUCGAAGGCCAAAGAUUCGGGCUCGUCCAUCAUUCACACCCAGCAGCUGCAGGCUGCCAUGGCCGACACUUUGAUCGAGCACAUGUGUCUGCUGGACAUCGACUCCGAGCCCGCUGUGUCGCGCAACACCGGCAUCAUCUGCACAAUUGGGCCUGCCUCUCGAUCUGUGGAGAUGGGCAAGGAAAUGAUCAAGGCUGGGAUGAACAUUGCAAGAAUGAACUUUUCUCACGGCACACACGAGUACCAUGCUGAGACCAUCAAGAAUAUGCGCGAGGCAGCCGAGAGCUUCGGGCCCGGAACCGUCGACUACAGACCGCUGGCCAUCGCUCUGGACACCAAGGGACCAGAAAUCCGGACCGGACUCAUCAAGGGCAGCGGCACCGCUGAGGUGGAGCUGAAGAAAGGUGAGACCAUCAAGGUCACGCUGGACGACGAGUACAAGGAGAAAUGCGACGAGAAGGUUCUGUGGCUCGACUACAAGAACAUCACCAAGGUGGUGCAGGCCGGAAGCCACGUCUACGUGGACGACGGCCUCAUUUCUCUCAAGGUUAAAGAAAUUGGCAACGACUUCCUGACAUGCGAGAUCGAGAACGGCGGCAUGCUGGGCAGCAAGAAGGGCGUCAACCUGCCCGGAGCCGCCGUGGACCUGCCGGCGCUCUCCGAGAAGGACAUCCAGGACCUGCAGUUCGGCGUGGAGCAGGGCGUCGACAUGGUGUUCGCCUCCUUCAUCCGCAAGGCUGCCGACGUGCAGGCGGUCAGGAAGGCGCUGGGCGACAAGGGCAAGGACAUCAAGAUCAUCAGCAAGCUGGAGAACCACGAGGGCGUGCGCAGGUUCGAUGAGAUCCUGGAGGCCAGUGACGGCAUCAUGGUCGCCCGCGGAGACCUGGGCAUCGAGAUCCCCACAGAGAAAGUCUUCAUCGCCCAGAAGAUGAUGACCGGCCGGUGCAACCGGGUCGGCAAGCCGGUGGUCUGCGCCACGCAGAUGCUGGAAAGCAUGACCAAGAAGCCUCGGCCCACGCGCGCCGAGGCCAGCGACGUGGCCAACGCCGUGCUGGACGGCAACGACUGCAUCAUGCUGAGCGGGGAGACGGCUAAAGGAGACUACCCCCUGGAGGCCGUACGCACACAGCACAUGAUCGCCCGCGAGGCCGAGGCGGCCAUGUUCCACAGGCAGAUGUUCGAGGAGCUGCGUCGCAUCACCCAUCUGACCCGCGACCCCACCGAGACCAUCGCCAUCGGCGCCGUGGAGGCCUCCUUCAAGUGCUGCGCCAGCGCCAUCAUCGUGCUCACCAAGACCGGCAGGUCUGCUCACAUGCUGUCCAGGUACAGACCCCGUGCUCCCAUCAUCGCCGUGACCCGCUGCGGCCAGGCGGCCCGCCAGGCCCACCUGUACCGCGGCAUUUACCCGGUGCUCUACACCAAACCCGCCAGCGACGUCUGGGCCGAAGACGUCGACCUGCGCGUGAACUUCGCCCUGGAAGUCGGCAAGCACCGUAAAUUCUUCAAGUCCGGCGACGUGGCCCUGGUUGUAACUGGCUGGCGUCCGGGGUCGGGUUACACCAACACCGUGAGGGUCGUCCUGGUGCCUUGAACUUUAUGAAGGGACAUGAGUAACAGCGCCCCUCCCCUCUCCAGAAACCCGUGUCCCCGUGUGUCGGACGUCUCGUCUGAGAGGACACAGGACCUCAGAGUCCUGUCCUCUCUGCAGAUUCUAGAUCCUGCUGCCAAAGACUCAACUCAGAACCUUUCAGUCAGAAAGUCUUGUGUAUUUACCGACACUGUUUGAUUGGUGAACAAAGCUGAAAAGAGUAUUAUUACAACAUCCAAAUUAAAUAUUAUGUACAGUA